AUGGCCCUUCAACUGUCCCAAAGGUCAGCAGCGCAGGGGGCUGACCCUACACGAUCCCUCAAUGCAGCAUUGAAGAAUUUCCAGAAUACCUUGACAGAGGAGCAAAAACAAGAAUAUCAAAAAAGCACCACGACUCCAGAUAUUGCGAGCAUCAUAGAAUUUGUCGCAGAACUCGAUGCUAGGAAUAGCAGCACGAUGAGGAGGUGCUUGGCUCCACGGCUAUGUACCUUUUUAGAGGCAGCGCAACAGUUCACCGGUGUUGUGAACACAUUCGUUAGCUCUAAUCCGAUAAUCGCGGCCCUCGUCUGGGGAGGUGUAAAGACUGCUAUAUUGACGGCAAGCAAUGUGGCCUCUUUGACAAAAUCACGAAUCAUCCAAGUCUCCCAUCGAACUGCCCUCAAGCACACUCUUUCGUCGAUACUAAGUCCAUUUGAGUCCGAGUUCAAGUCGUUUCUGGAUCAGCUAGAUGAAGCUACACAUAAGAUAGAUCUGGAGGUAUCACUCGCGUCAAAACAAGCAGACCAGCAAGCGAAAAAGCUGCUAGAAUAUGAAAGUCAACAGAAUUCAACAUUCCGACCCUUGGCCCGAAAUUUCUACAAAAAAGCACUGAAACAACAAGGCGACGCAAGCCAGUGGCGGAUGGUUAAGGAAAAAAGGGAAAUGGCGAAAUUGAAGACAAGCAUUCGAGACAACCUUUCUCCUAUCAACCAUGUCUCUCCUUGGACGCAGGCAAUGAAACAACGGGUUCCAACCACAGCUGAGUGGUUUCAGAAAGAGUUGGUGUUUGAUAAGUGGAAAGACGAUCCAAAAUCCGCGAUACUCUGGGGUUUAGGCACCAUAGGCAUGGGCAAGACAGUGCUUAUGUCUAAUGUGGUGGCCCAGUUACAGUUACAUGCGGCCCGCAAGAGCAAUGAGGUUGUAUCCUACUACUUCUGUCGCGUCGACAAUGAGGCAUCUUUAUCUGCGAGGAACAUACUUGGAAGUCUUGCUCGUCAAAUCCUCGAUACUCAGAUUGAGCAAAGCGCAUAUGAAACGCUACUUUCCUUGCAGGAGACCACCCAGGGUCUUAGCACAACCGACAUCGUUCAGUUCUUGUUAUUUCAUCUGCGUGCUGGUGAGGGUACGAAGUACUAUAUUGUCCUGGACGGACUGGACGAAUGUGAUGGCAAUCAAGUUCAAACAGUGGCACAGGCUAUGGUUGAGCUCUGCAGCAACUAUAUUGGUUUCAAAGUCAUCUGCGCGGGCCGACCUGGUCUUGAAAAACUGUUCAAAUCGACCGCACCGCAGUAUAGGAUCAUGGUGAACGAGGAAAAGGUCAAGUCGGACAUGGAUAACUAUAUUGCUGAGACUUUGUAUAAGUGUCUGGAAGAUGAGGUUUUGACUCUUGGCGAUCAAGAAAUCGUCACAGAGAUAUACGACACCUUAAGGGACAAAGCGGACGGAAUGUUCCUUUGGGCAAGUCUUUGCAUCGAAGAGCUUUGCGCACAGAAUUGUGAUCAUGACAUCCUUGAAGCACUGAAACAUCUUCCACGCAGCUUGACUGAGCUCUAUGAUCGAAAGCUUCGUCGUGUUCGGGAGGGAAGGGCGGGUGAGCAGGCAAUGAAAAUACUACAAUAUUGCGGGGCAGUGAAGCGGCCAUUGACAGUCACGGAAUAUCGAGAAGCCCUUAGUCUUUCCCUUGAACAAAAGGCCUUUGACCACAAAAAGGUCCCCAACGACAUGGAUAAGAUCAUCAAUGGUUGUUGCGGAUUGAUAUUCGUUGAUGAAGAGGAAGAGACUAUACACUAUGUGCAUCGUAGUGUUGAAGAACGUCUUUUUGUCACAAACGGUCCACACACAGCGCAAUUCGACAUGGCAAGCGUCGACCGGCAUGUUGGGUUUCUUUGCAUGGCAUAUCUGGAUUUCACCAACUUCAAGCGGCAGUUAGCGAAAUUUAAGCAUGGUUCCGGUACUCCUAUCAAGCCCGUUGAGCUCGGUACUCUGUCUACCUGUCCUUCCAGGAGGAUUACCAGUCAGAUCGCCCGAAGGAUUCUUUCCAGUCAUCUCCCGCUACAGCAUUUCAACACUCGAGAGGUAGAAAGGACGGCGCAAGAAAUACUUGGAGAUGGGGGUUCUUCCCAGCUGGAGCUGGAACUCCAGAAGCAAGGGUUUCAGCUUCUCAAUUAUGCCAGGGAUUACUGGCUCAACCAUCUGGCCGAUUUCACUCCUGAUAUGAACGGUAAUAUGUGGAGAUUGUUUUGCCGGUGCAUAGAAGGCGAUGAUGUCUCUGCAUGGAGACCAUGGGAGUUAAAGCAGCAGACCCACAACAAGAGAAAUGAUAUACCAGAGGCUAUACAAUGGUUAUUGGCCCAUGAACAUUACGCAUUGCUUUUAUAUUACGCAGGACAUCAGUCUCACGUUCUGUCCGAUUAUGUGAAGGACGAAAUCUUUCGCAGCGCCGAAAUUCACAAUCGUCAUCGAUACACUGAGGUGCUUGUUCGCCUUAAAAAUACCAGAGACGUCUUGAAUCAUGGAUUGUCAUAUGCUAACAGCCCUCCAAUGGGCAGCAGAAGCAGGCCACCUUGA